UUGGAAAUGGAUGCAUUUUGUGCUUAUACUUCUUCAUCUUCUUCCUCCUCUUCCAGCUUUUUGGCUAAAAAAAAUGAGCAAUCUGAGCACCGAGCUGUGAGGAGGGAAUUUUCGAGUUAUUCGAAUGAUAAUAAUCAUAAUCUUCAUUGUAUUCGGAAGCCGAUGGCUAAGCCGUGGAAGAAGCCGGCGAUUGCGCCACUGCCACCCACUCGGCCCAGGGUUUACAAAGUCGACCCACUUAACUUCCGGGAUUUGGUUCAGAAGCUCACCGGUUUGGCUGAGCUCCGAUCUCCACGCCUCCAAAAAAUGGCGCCACCACCACUUGAUAUAUCUCGCCGUCCAGACUCGGGUUCCGCCGCCGUGGAAGCCACCCUGUUUAAGGCUUCGCCGCCUGUGAAGCUUGAUAAUGAGGCGGUGGACGGUGGCAGCUUUCUUGAGCUGAAUUUGUCGCCCUUCAACAAAAAUUGGUGCUCCUUCCCUGCUUUAAGCCCCGAAACUCUUGCCAUUUUGGAUGCAAUUUAGAUUAUUAUUAUAUAUAUAUAUAUAUUUUUUUUUUUAGUUAUGGGAAAAAUCAAAUAUACAAACUUGGUAAUAAUGUAAUCAAAAUAAUAAACACA